AUGGACGUCGACGCACCAACAUCGACAUCGGAGCGCACGAGCAGCACGCAGCCGACCGCGCCCAAGGUUUUGGAGGUGCGGCCGUCAAAGCUUGGCCGGAGCCACGGGAAGGCGUGGAAGGGCGAGAAGGAGAGCACGCGGCGCACGAUCAUGGCUCCGGGACUCAAGUCGCCGUUCGCGAAGCGCCUCGAGCAGGACAAGGCGCGGCAGGCCGUCAAGGCUGUUGAGAAGGAGAUGAAGGAUGAGGCGAAGGAGGAGCACGAGCGCAAGGUCGCUGCUAUCCGCGAGCGCCGCCAGCGCAAGGCCGAGAAGGAGCGACUCGAGCAGAUCGCUGCCAAGAUGUCGGCCAAGAAGCUCCAGCGCCUCAGGAAGGUGAGUGUGGUGUGGGAGUGGGAGUGGGCGUGUGCGGUGGCAACCUGGGUGUGCAGCCUAGGUGUACAUACUCCGGCGUUUCCUCCAGGCAGCUACCUACAUGAGCUGGCUUUGAGAACCUCCCGUGCCACUCCCAAUUUAGAGGAUGCUCGCUAACGCCCAGCGCCAGGGCCGGUCGAAGAAGAUCAACGGAUAGACGCUGUACUUGUAUGCAUUAUAGAG